UCCAUUCCGUUUUUUUUCUCUCUCUUUCUCCAUCCCUCUCACAUAUGCAGACACCACUCUUAAGAAAUCCCUCAGCCCCCUCCUCCUUAUUCCCCUCCUUUCCUCCCUCCCUCUCUCUGUCACAGCUUCCCACACACCGAGGUGGGGCUUUCACCCUCUCACCCUCUCAUCAUUCUUAUAACUCAGGAUAGCGAUGGGAUUAGCUGUGCUUUACGUGUGCGGAGCCCUGCUGGCCAUCUCCAUGACCCCUGGGAACUAUGCAAACCCCAGCGAGGGAAACUUCCAGUGGGGUACAGAAUCUGGGAGCUGCCUAGUAACUCUAAAGCCUGCAGGGAAGUGUGGGGGAGAGGGGAUAGAAGAGGAAGCAUGCCCCUACCGAUUUAUCUUGCCUCCGCUGGACAUCAUGCUGCCCUGGCAGCUCAGGGAGUUGGAGAGGACGGUGAAGGAGGUGCAAAGGCUAAAGGAGACUGUGGAGCAGCUGAAGAGAGCCUGCAUGGAGUGCAAGAUGAGCCAGAGGGAGAGAGAGAGAGAGAGGCUGGGGGACAGAAAGAGGGAGAAGGAGAAAGAAGAGAAGGAGAAGGUGAGAUUGGGAGACCGAGAGAGGGAGAAGGAGAAAGAGGGGGAGAAGAAGUCAGAGAGACAAGGGGGCAGAGAAAGGAAGAUGGAGAUGGAGAAGGACGGAGUGGAAGAAAGGGCCAUGGAGAAUGAGAGAAAUAUUGUAGAGGAGAGAAAGAGAGAACGGGAGAAAGGUUGUGAGAACGAAUGGGAAAGGAAAAAGGAGAGUGAUAGGGAGGAAAACAGGGAAUGGGAGAUAGAGAGGGAGAGAAAAAUAGAGGAUGAGACUAAGAGAGAGGAAGAGGAGGACAGGGAGGCAGAGAUGGAGAAAGAGAGCAUUUUAGAAGGGGAGAGGGGAAGAGAGGGUGAGAUAGACAGGGGGAGUGAAAAUGAAAGAGAGAGGUUAUGGGAAACAAAGAUGCAAACUGAGAAGGAGAGUCAGGGGGAUAAGGUAAGGAAGAAGGAGCUGGAGACUGAGAGAAAGCGUGAGGGGGAUAGAGAGAAAGAGGAGGAGAGAGGGAGGGGAAAUAGAGAAGAGAUCCAGAAGAAGGAAGAACAUCAGGUGGUGAUAGAGAGGGAGAGGAAGAUGGAGAAGGAGAGGCAGAGUCAACAUCCUUGGCAAGGGAAGGAGAUAAAGAAUGAGAAAAAGAAAGAGAGUGAUCAAGAAAAGAAAGAAAGUGAUCAAGAAGAGACCGGGAAGAAGAUAGAGAAAGAGGUAGAAAAAACUGUCCAAAGUGUGCAGAGAGACAGCAUAGGACCAGUGAUGACAGAUGAUCAGGACACGACCUCACCUAGCCCAAGCACUGGUUUUAAACAUGACUCAAUCCCCAGACCUGACUCCUCAGGACCAGAUCAAAAAUCAAACUCCAUCCCUAGACCUGCCACCAAUCCCAGCCCAAGAUCUAGCUCAGACACCAGCCGUGGAUAUAUUUCAAGUCCUUCCUCCAGCUCAACCUCUAGCCCCAGAUCUUCCUCCAUCUCCAGCACAAGGACAAGCUCAAGCCUUAACACAAGCUCCAGUCAAAGGACCAUCUCCUCUUUACCUCACCAGGGAACCACCAGGUCUGACCCCAUCACAACCCCAAGUUCAGGCACCAGCUACAGCACUGCCAGAACCAGCCCAAGUAUCACAACAAGCACAAACCAAACAACCACCAGCUCAUCAAAAAGGACUACUAGCCCAAGAAACAGACUUGUCCAGAAGCACAAGCCCAACCAAGCUAAACAGGCCAUCAGACCCAGACUUGAGUCCAGACCACCCAGCCCAACUAGCUCCUCCAGUUCAACGGCCAGCUUCACUAGCCUCAGCUCAUGGACCACCACCACCAGCUCCAGCCCUGCAUGGACAAGGACAAAAACAACAACAGGACUCAGCACUAAACCUAAACUAAAACCUAAACCAGGCCAAAAGCCUAUUCCAGGCCUAAGACCUAAACCUGGACCAAAACAACCAAAGCCUGUCCUGAAGCUCAGACCAUCAAGUCCAACUGGCUCCUCCAGCUCCAUUCCAGAGGCCAAUCCCAGAACUGGUUCUCCUCCAGCCACCACCAUUAACCUUAGCCCACAGACCAUCAGUUCAAGCAUCCAGGCCAGCACUUCCAGCUCAAGUUCAACUCCAGAAACAACAACCACCACAAGCCCCAGCCCAAGGACUGGCUUCACUUCUCUCAGCUUAAGGUCCACUAGUACUAGCUCCAGCCCUGAGAGGACAUAUGUCCAAAACCCUGAACCCAACACAACGACUACCAGACCUAGGAUUAAGCCCCUACCUGGCCUGCAGCCCAGACCUGACCUACAGCCCAAACCCGGCCUAAAACCUGAACUACAGCCCAAACCAGGCCCAAAGCCUAUUCCAGGCUUAAGGACUAAACCUAGACCACAAUCAAAGCUCAUCUUAAAGCCCAGACCACCCAGCCCAACCAGCUUCAAUCCAAAGACCAGUAACAGAAAUAAUGCAACUUUAACCCCCACCACUAGCCUCAGCCCUGGGAUCAGAAGCCACAGUCGUCAGACCUUGACGACAAGCCAAAGUAGCACCACACCGGGCCACUCUCCAGGCACCACCCCAAAGAUAACUAACCCAAGUUACAAGACCACUAGUUCCGGCCCUGGGGCCAACCUCAGCAGUAGCAGUACCCCAACUCCAGGAACUACUACCUCCGCUAGACCUAGCUCAAAGAUCACCCGUCCAAGAUCCAGAAUUGGGUCCUGGUGGACUCGCAGACCCGGCUUAAAGCCCAAACCAGGCACAAUAACAAUUCCAGGACCCAGACCCAAACCUGGACCAAAGCUCAAACCUGCCUUUAAGCCCAGACCACCCACUCCAACCAGCUCCUCCAAACCUGGCUCAACUCCAGACACCAACACUAGCCUCACCCCAAAGACCACCAGUCCAAGCUCCAGGACUACCAGCUCCAGCACAGGGAUUAGCUUUACCCCCAGUCCAGGCAGUCUCAGCAGAACCACACCAAGUCAAUCUCCAUCAACCACCACUAGCUCUAGCUCAAAGAUCACCAGUUCAAGAAUCUGGACAGGCUCUUUCAGCUCAAGCAUCAUCACACUAAACCAAACCAAAGUUACCAUGGCACCCAGAGACUGCUCUGACCACAUGGCCAAGGGGGAAAGGAACAGUGGGGUCUACCAAGUGACCCCUGACCCUAAGAAUGUAACCAUCGCAGUGUUCUGUGACAUGGAGUCUCAUGAUGGAGGGUGGACCAUCAUUCAGCUCCGUCAGGACGGCAGUGUGAACUUCAACAGGACAUGGGCUGAAUACCGGACGGGCUUCGGUAACAUGAGGGCUGGGGAGUUCUGGCUGGGCAAUGACCACAUCCAUCUCCUGACCCGACACAGGGAGAUGGUCCUCCGGGUGGAGCUGGAAGACUUUAACAGAGUGAGGGAGUACGCAGAGUACAGGCUCUUCCGUGUGGCUGGCGAACGGCUGCGGUACCGCCUGUCUGUGGGUGGGUACUCGGGCACGGCGGGAGAUGCACUUCAAUUCAGCAAGAGUUACAACCACAACAACAGGUUCUUUACGACUCCUGACAGGGACUAUGACCGCUACCCUUCAGGGAACUGUGGGGCGUACUACGACUCAGGCUGGUGGUUUGAUGCCUGCAUGGCUGCCAAUCUCAAUGGGAGAUAUUAUGUGGGAAAGUACAAAGGGGUGAGGAACGGGAUCUACUGGGGGACAUGGCAUAAUAUAUCUACAGAGUACUACCCAACAAAUGACAGACAAUCUUUCAAGACUGUCAGAAUGAUGAUCAGGCCGAGAGGCUAUGCAAAGUGAGCUAGACAGCUGGCUCUUCGUUUGGCGUACUCAGCUGUUGCAAUUGUCAAACAGCGGGGCUGGGAAACCCUAUAAGGCCUCAGCAAUUUUUCAAUGGGUCCGCGACAUAAACAGGAAACAUAUGUAUUUUUUGGGGAGGAGCACUGUUUAUUAAUGUGCAAAUGCAGACAUUCAGAUUGUACUGCUGUUUCCCAUUUUGGGUGUUUAUAGUGGUUGUUAUUUAACAAGCAGUUUGAAUAUAUUGUAUCUUAUGUACUCUUUGAAAUAUUAUAUUGGGUCAACCCCUACAUCUUCUUGAUUUCUUCACACAGUUUUUUUCCCCAAUCGCUUUGGUGCUAUUUUCUCAAGAAUGUGGUACAUUUUCUAAAAAUUUUGAACAAAACUCCAAACUGCUAAUACAUAUAACACAGCAAGUAUUUUAUUCCAAACCUUUUAUUGUGCAUUCAUUUUGUUUGGAGACAUCUUUCACCACACAACCAUUGAGCCAAAAUAUAAGUUUACAGUGAAAUACCAUGAUAACAUUGAUUUAAUCACCAAAAUACAACAUAAUGAUAUCUUCUCAAUUUAGUUGUUUUAACAACCAGUUAAUUAAAUAGCAAAAUAUGCAAGAUACAUGGUCCAAAAUUGCCCUUUGAAUGUAAUAUGCUACAGUACUGUAAAUUACAGUACGUUACACUGUUUUAGCAGAAGGUAAUACAUUUGCACUACCCAUCACAAUUUACAAAAAAUCGAAUUGCCAUCAUUUCUAUCCAAUGUGUGAUCAAAAGUGUGAUCAACUUUCAAAAUCAUUGAUGCAAAAAAGAAAUAUAUUGUUCGGAUACAAUUACAACAUAAACUCAGCAAAAAAAGAAACGUCUCUUUUUCAGGACCCUGUCUUUUAAACAUAAUUCG